AUGACCGAGAACACUUUUGAUCCUCAUUUCCUUGUCGUCAGCCUGGGAAAUCCUCCACCCUACGCCGACAGCCUUCACUCUGCCGGCCACAUCGCGCUACAGUCACUUCAGAACCUUCUUCAGCGCGACGCCGCCGACCAGCCUCGUUUCUCUUCUGAGCGUCUGGGAAAGAAGGCCACACAGGCCUCGAGGGGCUCCCGAUACACCCUGCUCCAGUGUCCCACCCUCAUGAACGUGUCGGGCCCCUGGCUGGCAAGGACGUGGCGGGAGGCCCUGCAGCAGCACAGGGAACGCCACCCCGGGGCGCCCCUGGGCCUGGUCGUGGUGCACGAUGACCUCGAGGAAGACACGUGCGUCGUCAAGGUCCGCAAGUGGAACAGGAGUCACCGUGGCCACAACGGCCUCAAGAGCAUCAUGUCGCUCAUGGCCUCCUCGGACCCCGCCAACCUCUGCGCCACCAGGUGGGCAAAGAUCUCUGUUGGCAUCGGCCGGCCUGAGGGGAGAGAUCCUGCCACUGUUGCUGACUACGUUCUCAAGCCCUUGAGCCGGUACCAGAGGGACUCCUUGUUUGAGAAGUCGGGGCCUCCUGUCCUUGCCGCCCUGCGGGAGAUCGAGUCUGCGUGGAGGUCAGAUGCAGAGAAGGGAAUCAAUGAUGGCGCCCAUCCACCUACAGACGGAAAAGGGAACAAAGGCAAAAGCAAGAGACGAUAA